UUGCCACCAAAAACCUUUCUUUUCUUUUCUUUUCUUUUCUUUUGUGCAAACGUUACAUACAUAGAUAUCAACGCAAAUGGCUGUAGGUGGUCUCACUCUCCCAUUCAUGCAUUUUAUCUGAAAAAUCGGCAAGAAAAAUGUCAGGGCAGCCGGUGCUACUGGAUGGGUCAAGCUCUCCGGAGACUCAGUCUUGCAUUUUCUACAAGCUGAUGGUGGGGUCUAUUCUCCAUGACAGCAAGUUGAGGAUCCCGGAAAAGUUUGUUAAGAGAUAUAGAGAUGAACUUUCUUCGACUGCUAAGCUCACUGCUUCUGAUGGUCGAGUCUGGCCUGUGGAAUUAUUGAAAGCUGACAACAAGUUAUGGUUCGACAAUGGUUGGCAGGAAUUUGUCGAACACUACUCGAUUCGUGUUGGGUAUUUCUUAAUUUUCAGAUACGAAAGGAGUUCAGAUUUCAAGGUUUAUGUGUUUGAUCUGGAAAAUUCUGAGAUUAAGUAUCCGUGUAAUUCUAUUAGUAGUUCACAAGAACUUGGUGAUGACAAACAAUCUCCAGCACCUCAUCAGAAAGGAUGCGACUUAAACAAAAUCUCGGGCUCUUUUCCUCCAUGCCCCAAUCCCAUUCCUUCGGAAAAUAAGUCUUUGGAUGAUUCUAGGAACUCAACGUACACUGCAGAUGUAGAUUGCCUGAAUGUGAGAAGGAAAGCACUUGAUUUUCAAGGAACAUUUCAAUCUACUCGAGAUGUAGGGAUACAGUGCAAUUGGAAUGAGCUUUUAUGUACGAUAGAUGCAUUCAGGACGCGGUUACCUGAUAGCGCGGAACAAAGAACCAAAAAACAAAAACAAACAAAUGAAUUGUGCAAAAACUAUGAACCAGUAUCAUUGGGCAUUGACAAAGUUGCCCGUGUUAAAUCAACUAGGGUAAGUGUUGCAAGGAGGUGGAUAGCUGUUACAGAAGAAGAAAAGGCAAGAGCAGUUCAUGCUGCUGAACUGUUCAACUCUGAUAAUCCAUUUUGCAGGAUUGUUUUGAGACCAUCCUAUUUAACGAAACGAUCAGUUCUGCAUAUGCCAUCUAGCUUUGCUAACAAGUAUCUCACCAGAGAUACAGAAUUCCUCACGCUUGAGGUUUCUGGUGGGAAACAGUGGCGUGUGGGAUGCCUGUACGAGGUUGGUAAGACUAAGUUAAGCAGGGGAUGGGCAGAAUUUGCGUGGGCGAACAAUUUGGAGGAAGGAGAUGUUUGCAUCUUUGAGUUGAUGAACUUGGAGAAAAUGAUCCUCAAAGUCACCAUAUUUCACGUUCUUGAUGACAACAAAGGCCAGCAAAACAAACCUUCAGUAUGAGCUCUUUCUGUAUCAUGUAUGUCUCUAUCUUUUGUCGGAUGUUUGUCGAUCGGUAUGAUCUUCUCAACCGAAAUUUUGUGCUUGUUUUUGUCCAUAAGACUGUAUAAACUAAUGCAACUCUUGAUUUCAAUAUCAACUUUGUGGCCUGAUUAGGAAUGAAAUGUUUGUCC